UACAAUAUAAAAUAUACAUAAGUUUUAACUACAAGAAUAUCAGGUAAAAUGAAACCCAGUCCCUUAAUCUUUAAGCCAGUGUAACUUCGAGACAUCUGUCUCUUGUUCUAUUGUGUGCGUGGCUAGGGUCUUAUACUUGCUAUAAUAAAUGAAAUUCAUCUUCUGAUAUUUUAUUUGAUGAACUUAUGACAGUCCCAACCAGUCAACAGAAAUUUCUUACAAAUACCCACAACAAUUCUCGGUUCAUUUCAAUGUUGAAAGAAAAGUUUACGGCUGAAAAUAUAUUAGUAAAACAAGCUAAUAAUGAUGCUGAUGUAUUGAUUAUUGAAACAGCAAUAGAGCAAUUCAAUUUGACAAAUACAACUAUUGUUGUUGGUGAAGAUGUUGACUUACUUGUAUUACUCACUGCUCGAACGCCAACUGAAAAAACUAUUUUUUUCUUAAAACCAGGAAAAGCUCAGCAUCAAUCAGAUAUAUAUUCAUCAAAAAGUUUAUUUACUUUAGUGAAGUGUAAAGAUCAUGUACUAUUUUUACACGCAAUAACUGGCUGUGAUACGACAUCUGCAUUUUACAGGAGGGGUAAAACAGCAGUUUUCAAAAUGUUUGAAAAACAAGAUUUAAUUCAAUGUGCUGAAGUUUUUAAAAAGAGUAAUUCAACUCAACAAGAAGUUAUUACCAACGACAUCCGCUUUCUUCUUUCUAUGUACGGAGCUCCUAAAAAAACUACCUGUUUAGAUAAGCAUCGAUAUGCAUGUUUCGUUAAAAAUACUAAAAAUAAAAAACAAGUUCAAUUAGCUUGUCUUCCUCCAACCUCAGUUGCUGCUCACCAACAUCUUUUUCGAGUAUAUUACCAAGUUCAAGUGUGGCUUGGUUAUCAGCUAGACCCUACAGACUGGGGUUGGAAGUUGGUCAACAAUAUAUUAGAGCCAGUUCAAACUUUACUUCCAUCUGCGCCGGAAAAACUGCUGAACACUAUUUUUUGCAACUGCAAAAAGGGAUGCAGUGCUAAAUGUGGUUGCAAAAAAGUCGGACUGUCUUGUUCUUUGGCAUGCACAAAUUGUCAAGGCCGGUCGUGCUCUAAUAUUGAAUCACAAACAAUGGAGGAUUCGUUUGACUCCGACGAAGUAUCAUGCGAUACAUCGCUAUUGACGCAAUUUACUUGCAUCCAAAAUGAAGAUGAAGAAGAAGCAGGAGAAGAAGAACAAGAAUUUGAAACUUAUGAAUAAGACGAAUAAACUUCAACACUUUUUUUUCAUUUACAUCGCUUUUAUCUUUCCCAAUCUUUGAAAAUUUCCGUUAUUUUGCAAUAGUUUUACAUUAAACAGGAUCACAACUGACCCGUGGAGUAGGCCUACUGGGGAAACCACGUUAAAAAAAACGCGCUAAGUACACUACCUCAUAGGUGGCGUGGAAACGUGAGCAUAUUAUGACGAUAACAACUUGUAUAACUUUUUGAAUCGUUAUAUCUCAGAAACGGUGGCUCGUAAGAAAAAAAGUAUUGAUACAUUUUUUAUAGAUAAUUUUAUGAUCUACAAUUUUUGUCUGAGGGGAAUGAUGGGGAACUUCUAGACAUUGUUUAUAAUUAUGUUUUGAACAACUUCACAGAAAUUCAGCUUGUUGGGACUUUAUGUAACUUCGAAUGUCUAAAUUGACCGGACUAUUGGCUAUCACUCUUGGUUGAUAUGGUAUAAUAAUUGUUCUUAUAGCUUUUCCUAGUUUAUCUCUUUUAUACACAUAACUUUAAAUUAUUACAUAAAUGCAGGAAAUUUAAAUUAUUCAAUCCUUUCUGUGAUGCUUGAUAAUCCAGUGUUAUUAAAACAUUUCAGAUUAUGUAGGAAUAACGAAAGCUUGACGUAUGAGUAUGAAAAUUUAUUAACCGCAUUGUAUCUAUGAGACUCCUCUAAUCAAGAUUUUAAUGCAAACUCUUGGUUCAAUUACUUUUUCGAAAAAAAUCAAAAUUUUUCCAAGAUUACUUUAGAUACAUCAUUGCCCUCUUUUUCUCUUAUUUAUUUUUUUUUCGCUGGAAUUUUUUAUACGUCUUCGACAAUUUCCAGAAUGACGAUAUAUGAAAUAAGCUUGAUUAAAAAUUAAAAUUUUUUCAAAAGAUAUAAAAAAAUUUGAAUACAAAAAAACACCACUGCAAACAUUAGAUAAUUCCACGAAAUCUUUUUACAUAAAAAAAAAUUAAAACUGGCCAUCAUCGAAAACUACAAUUUUUUCAAAAAUGUGAAGAAGAAACAACCCGAAAGUUCGCCUGAAAAUUAUUAUCUUUUAAUUCCUGAAAAAUAAAUUUAAAAUCAAAAACUUGAAGAAAAAAAAACGUCUCAAUUAGUAGUCAACUGUUGAAAAAGUUAUGGGUGUUUAAAAAUAAACACCAUUUUCGUGAAAAAUUCGUAACUUUUUCUGGUUACGUGGAUACUAUUACUACCUUACUCAAAAAUUAUUUUGAUGGGAACUUUUAGGAACUAUAAGGGGACUAAUAGGAACUCUAAAUCAAAUGUUCCAAAAUACGAAUAACUCAAAGAUUCAAUCUAACUUCAAUGGAAAUUAUUCCAGUUGGAGCAACCAUAACUCCUACAGAAAAUAUAACUGUGUCAAAUUUUUUAAUUAUUUGCCGAUAACUGUCGAACCUAACGACUGAUUUAAUCGUAUUUUUAAUAUUUUUGUUUAAUUAAAACUCUAUUCUAAAAAACUAGAUUGACCCAAUUAAAAUUUCUGAAAAACUUAAGUUUCGCUCAGCCUUUUUGAAUAUUAUGUAAAUUCAAUUUUGAUUGGAUAAUUCAUACUUGGCGGAAUACUCGCGUAAUUGUAAAUAAUAGUUUACAAAGUUUCUUAUGGUCGUGAAAUGUUAGUUAUCAAAGGUCAACAAUAUCAAUCUUUUCACUAUGAUUGGAAAAAGUAAGGACCGAAUUAAUUCGAACUUUGCUGAAUCAAAUCAAAUCCUCAUUAAAACGGAGAAAACAUUUAGUACUUAUCAAACAUAAA